CGCCGCGAUUCGCCCGCCGCCUCCGGCCAUGGCUUUCGUCACCCGGCAGCUCGCGCGCUCCGCGUCGUCCUCGGCGUCCGCUUCCGCCGCGGCCAAGAAGAUCAUGGUCAAGCACGUGACGGUCAUCGGCGCGGGGCUCAUGGGGGCCGGCAUCGCGCAGGUGGCUGCUGCGACCGGCCACAAGGUCGUGUUGGUGGAUCAGACCGAGGACCUGCUGGCAAAAUCCAAGAAGGGCAUCGAGGAAAGCCUGAAGAAAGUGGCGAAGAAGAAGUUUGCCGAGAACCCCCAGGCUGGCGACGAGUUCGUGCAGAAGAGCCUGAGCAACAUCUCCACCAGCACAGACGCUGCCUCGGUGGUGCACAGUACCGACCUGGUGGUGGAGGCCAUCGUGGAGAACCUGAAGGUGAAGAACGAGCUCUUCCAGCGGCUUGACAAGUUUGCUGCCGAACACACCAUCUUUGCCAGCAACACAUCCUCGCUGCAGAUCACGAGCAUCGCCAAUGCCACCACCCGGCAGGACCGCUUUGCUGGGCUCCAUUUCUUCAACCCGGUGCCCAUGAUGAAGCUGGUGGAGGUCAUUAAAAUACCUAUGACCAGCCAGAAGACAUUCGAGUCACUGGUGGACUUCAGCAAGGCCCUGGGCAAGCACCCGGUUUCCUGCAAGGACACUCCUGGGUUCAUUGUGAACCGCCUGCUCGUGCCCUACCUCAUGGAGGCUGUACGACUGUACGAGCGAGGAGACGCAUCCAAGGAAGACAUCGAUGUGGCCAUGAAACUCGGGGCUGGGUACCCCAUGGGGCCCUUUGAACUUGCCGAUUACGUUGGGCUGGACACAGUGAAGUUCAUCAUAGAUGGCUGGCACGAGCUGGAUUCUGCGAACCCCCUGUUUCAUCCCUGCCCAACACUCAACAAGCUGGUGGCAGAGAAAAAGCUGGGCAAGAAGACAGGGGAAGGUUUCUACAAGUACAAGUGAAGCAGACGGGCGGUGGGCCCUGGGAGGAAGCAGCCUGUGCCCCAGGUCUGGGAAUGUGCCGCUCUUCUCCCCACGCAGCCUGACCUGGCCCCUCGUGCCUUGUGUUCUGUGUGAUCCUUCCUGGUAGGAGUGGGUUGGAGAAUUAAACCCUUUCCUCCUCUGUUCAUUUGUAUCUUUCCACCCUUGGUGCCUUGAAGCCAACAUUUCUUUGAGCCUUGUCCGGUUCCCAGAGAAUCUCUUAAUGUUUUUCCUCUGGGCUAAGAGAAAAGUCCUUCUUUGGGGAUGGGGUGUAGGGGGUCACUGGCCCUGCCCUUGCCACAUAGAGUGGCUGAGGACCGUGGCCAUUACACUUGCCUCUGCCCUCAGAUGCCCAGGUUGCUGCAGCCCCAGUUUCCUCCUUGCCCCACAGGGUGCCCCCCAGGAGCGGAGCCCCACUACUCCAGGCUGCUGCUGGAUGGCCCAGACCCCCAGCCUACUGGCUUAUCCACACUCCCAGCCUGGCAUCCCAGCUCCCCACAUCUGCAGCCUGACAGAUUCUUGUCUGUCUCUUUUUCACAAGAAAUCAAAGUGCCUCUAAAAAAAAUGGGCUUCAAUAAAAGACAACCUUUUAAUCUGGAAAUUUCAAUGGAAAUAAACGUCUAAUUUUGAAUCAUA